AUGCCGUUCUCCGUUCUACUUUACCAUCUAAGAGAAAGGGUCACAAGCGGUCUCAGCUCUACUACAGGCAGGGGUCUGCUAAGGAGAGAAGUCAUCUUCCUCACUCAUGUACCAGACUUCCUCAUCCCCCUCUUCACCCUCCAAGUUCCCCCUCAUCAGCGGGCCGAUCCGGACGCGGAGCUACGGGCGGAGCCGGACGCGGAGCUAUGGGCGGAGCUGGACGCGGAGCUACGGGCGGAGCCGGACGCGGAGCUACGGGCGGAGCCGGACGCGGAGCUACGGGCGGAGCCCGAUGCGGAGCUACCGGCUGAGCCCGACGCGGAGCUACGGGCGGAGCCCGACGAGGUGCUACGGGCGGAGCCCGACGCGGAGCUACGGGCGGAGCCCGAUGCGGAGCUACGGGCUGAGCCCGGCGCGGAGCUACGGGCCGAGCCCGGCGCGGAGCUACGGGUCGAACCUGACGCGGAGCUACGGGCGGAGCCCGACGCGGAGCUACUGGCCGAGCUCGAUGCGGAGCUACGGGCCGAGCCCGACGCGGAGCUACGGGCCGAGCCCGACGCGGAGCUACGCGCUGAGCCCGACGCGGAGCUACGGGCCGAGCCCGACGUGGAGCUACGGGCCGAGCCCAGCGCGGAGCUACGGGUCGAACCCGACACGGAGCUAUGGGCGGAGCCCGAUGCGGAGGAAAAGCUAUACGAUGCACUGGACUGA